AUGAAUACUAAUCAUAUUAACAGUGAGUAUAAUGUAUCGCAAUCCUCACGUACUACUACUACUACCACUAGUGAUACCGACAUUGAUGGGAUUUAUUCAGAUGAUACAGAGAGUAUGAUUAAUCAUGCAAGAAGUUCACCAAUGAAUGAAAGUAUAGAUACAAUUGCUAAUACAACUAGAAUGACGCCAACGUCAACACCAACAACAACACCACCAUCACUGACACCAAAAAGUAACACUGAUGAUGAUGACAAUGUUGAGGAUGAUGACGAUGAUCAGAGUGAACGAGAUGGUAAUCAUCAUCAUACUUAUGAUACUAAUUCACAUACAACUAUUGAUGAAGAUUUAAUGACUAGUUAUGAAGCUUCAAUUGAUAUAGAAUAUAAUGAGAAUAUCAUGAAUAUUAACAAUAAUCAUGAUGAAUUACAUAAUGCAUUAAUUGAUGAAUCAUUUCCAGUAAAUUUACCAAAUUCAAUGAAGAAAACAGAGAAACAAGUAACAUUUCAAGAUAUUGUUGAAAUUUCAUCUUUCUAUUCUAUAACAAAUGAAUCACAAGAAUCAAUUACACAUCAUUAUGAAGAUGGUGAUGAUGAGAAGGAGGAUGAUUAUAAUGAUGAUGAUGAUGAUGAGGAUCUUGAUGAAGAAGAAAUGAAAGUGAUAGAAAAGAAGAGUGUGAAUAAAAAACUAAAAAACGGAAUUAAUUCAAAUGAUCAUAAAGGUGGAUUAGUAUUAACAACAGCAGCAGUAGGAAAACAAAACAUCAAAAAUAGUUCAGAUAGUAAUGAGAUUCUUUCAGAAAAAGAUUUAUUAAGUUUAUAUACAGAUUGGGCGAAUCAUUAUUUGGAAAAAGCAAAUUAUUCAAAUUUAAUUAAAAAUAUACAGAAGGAUUUAUCCAAUGGACUGUUGUUAGCUGAUAUUAUACAUGCAGUAGCUAAUAUCAAAGUUCAACGUCUAUGCCAAAAUCCAAAAACAUCUGCACAAUCUCUUCACAAUGUAUUGGCUUGCUUUCAAGUACUUCAGUUGCUUGGUAUUGAAACAAAUGGAUUUACUGCUCAAGAUAUUGUUGAUAGUAAACUAAAGUAUAUACUUGGUCUAUUUUUCAAUUUAUCUAAAUUUAAACAACAAACAAGACAAUUAAAACAAUCACAAGUAUAUCCAACUUCAUCUACUUCAUCAUUCUUCUCAACAUCAACUGAAGUGGCCUAUACAUCUUCAAUGAUUCAAUUACAAAAAAAUCAUAUACCUAAUGAACCGGAUAUACACUACUAUCAUCAUGAUCAUCCACAAGAUUCAUUAAUAGUGAAAGAAAAUCAUUUACAUUGUCAACAUCAAUCAAUACCACCUAGACCACCAUCACGUACUACUACUACUACUACUAUCACUACUACUACUACCACUACUACUACUAUCACUACUACUACUACCACUACUACUAACAAUCUUAAUAGUAGUUUAUCAAAACAAUCUAAAUAUCAAUCUGUAAAUAAACAAGAAAAUAUCUUAACAGGACAAUUAAAAAGCCCAAUUAAAACGAAUAAUAAUGAAGUAUCCAAUCCAUGUUAUAGUAGUCCUUUAAUAUUGAACAAGAAUAUCACUAAUCAACAUAUUCAUGGAAUUAAUGCAUCAUUAAAUUUUACUAAACCAAAUGUUACAUCAUUACGUUUUCCUUCAUCUAUUAUAAUUAAUACAACUUAUAAUAGUACAUUACCAUCUUCAACAAAUUCCAUUUGUAAUGCCAAACCAUUAUCACCACAACAUCAAUUGAACAGUCGUCAAUUUAUUCCAAGAGCAAAUCAUCUAGGUGAUAUCAAAGGUAAAAGUCAAAAAUUAAAUCAAUCUUAUAAAAAAUCUUAUGAUUAUCAAAAUAUUAGUUCUUGUACAGUGAAUAGUGACACUAGUAAUCCAUGUAAUAGUAUUAGUUCGUCUUCGACCCGAAGUAAUAAACUACAGCAGAAAACACUUACUACUCCGAUAUCAUCAUCAUUAUCCUCGACAAGAAUAACAACAACAACAACAACAACAACUUCGAUAACAACAGUGACAGCAACCUCACCUACUACCCCUACUGUACCAACAACAUUAAUCUGGAAUAAUAAACAACAAUAUAGACAACUGAAUACAUCUAGUGAUGUUGUAUAUGAUUCAACAACUACAACCACCACAACAACAACAGAUGAACUACUAUCACAACAACAGAACAAAUUAUCUGAGCAUAAAAGUGCUCCAGUCGGUAUUAGUACUAAUCAUUUGAAUAAAUUAAAUAUAUGCAAUCAAUUUAAAGCAUCGAGUUUUGAAAGAUCAGGAUUAAAAUCUGUAUCUGAUUUGAAUAUUAAAUCAUCCAAACCGAAACCCAAUCAUCAUCAUAACAAUCAAAAACAAAGAAAUUCUCCAUCACCAAAAAAGCCAUCAAUCAAUAAAUUGUCACCAAGUGAAAAUAAAUUUACAACAGGGAGUAUAUCACCACCAUCAUCAUCAACAUCAUCACCAUUAUCUGGUAUACCAAUGCCACGUCAAUUCAAUUUAUAUCAACAAUCUAAUAUGAAUUCAUAUCAUAUGUCCUCUUCAUCAUCAUCAUCAUCUUCAAAGAUUAAAGAAUCACCAACAAAAUUAGAUCGUAUUCCAUAUUUGAAUAGUCCAUCACAAAAUCAAUCAACUAUAGAUAACCAUUCAAUGAAUAAUACUACUUAUAAUAAUAAUAAUCUAAAUAUAAGUAGUAUAGAUAAUACAUAUCAAUCAACAAAUAUACAACCACGUAUAACAUUAAGUCAAUAUUAUCAUACUACACAGAAACAAUAUCCAUAUUAUAAUCAAUCUAUAACAAGUAUGAAUAAAUUAUCUGGAAAUAUUAAUCAUACUACUAGUAAUACUACUACUAAUAAUACUACUAUUACUACUCCAAUGACUAUUCAUCAACCAAAUACAAAUCAAACAAUAAAACAUAUAACUACAUCUCAAGAAAUAUCAUCAUCAUCGACAAAUUACCCACCUCCUUUGCCGCCACCGCCGCUGCCUCAUCAUCAUAAUCAUCAUUCACAUCAUCAACAACAACAACAUCAACAUCAUCCUAUCCAACAUCCAAAUACAUUUAUCUCUGGAACAAAUGAAUUUCAACAUCCAAUGAUACCAGAGAGAUCUCAUUCAAUCAAUCCAAUAUCAUCGAGUACAACACAACCAUUAAUGUCAAAUUAUCUUCAUGAUACACGACGUUAUAUGACAGGAAAUAGUAUAUUUGAACAAAGGCCUAAUCCACAACACCAAUUUCAACCUACCCAACAAAUUCAUCAAUCAAAUUCCCAUAUCAUCAAAACUGGUAUUCCUUAUUCAAAUGAUACUAAUGUUAUUUGUUCUACAGUGAAUCAAUCAGUACCCAUGGGCCUACCACCAACACCACCAUCAUUCACACAAUAUACACAAAUACACAAUCAUCCAUCUAAUAUAAAUAUACAACAAUAUACACCUAUAAUUCAACCAUUUGUUCCACCAAUUUCAUAUCGUCCAGCUGCUCAAGCGCCCAAUUCCAAUUUUAUGCCCAUUUCACAUUGUAAUUAUUCAAACGUAACAAAUAUUGCUCCUGCUGUUGCCAUGACGACUACCACUAUUACUACUACUACUAUUUCUACUAUUAAUGGUAUUACUACAACUACUACAACUGUAAACAAGAAUAAUGCAUUUAUAAAUCGUCGUGUUAGAAUUCAAGAUAGCUCAAGUCAAGCUCAAAAUUUAUCUAAUCAUCAAUCCAUGCAUUCAGGACAACAAAUGAAUACAACAACAAAAACUAGACAAGAAAUGAAUGUGACUACUACUACUACUGCUACUGCUACUAGUAGUGGUGGUGCACCAAACAACCUGACAUACAAACAUUUGCCUAAUAUGUCCUCUCAAACACAAAAUGUGAAAGAAAUUACCAAUCCUUCAUCAGAAACUAUUCAUUCCAAUCAUUUUCCUUAUCAAUCUGAGACAUUUAAUUCUAUUCAACCUACUGGAAUAUACACAACAGUGUCUACAUCCUCAGGGAUAACAUCCGUAACAAUAGCUAAUACAACUCUGACGAUUAACAGGACAGAACAACAAUCAUCGACACCAAUCAAUAAUAAUCCAUCCAUUUCAUCAUCAUCAUAUCAUAGAAGUUUAAGCAAAAAGCCAACAGACAAUACAGAACAACGUCGUAAAGCUCGUGAAUUAUAUGUUGCUUUAAAGCAACGUUAUCCAUCAACUAAUCAUAAUAAUUCUGUCAAUCCAUCUCACCGCCAUCAGCAUCAGCAUCAGAAUCAUCAUCAUAUUAAUGCUGAUGAUGAUGAUCAUUUAUCUCAGACACAAACAUCUGAUAUAAAAACUCUUAUAAAAACAAAUCAGAAUAAUGAAACUAUCAAUGUAUUGGAAGAACAUAUAGAUUGUUCUGAAAGUAACAUACAAAUGAUCCCGUCAAAAUUUAUUGAGAUCAAUCGAAAUGAUCCCGAUCAUCACCACCACCACCACCAACAACAACAACAACCCAAUUUAUGUGUAUCCAAGACGACCAAUCCCUUACAAUCUAAUUCAAUCAAUGAAACUAUGCAACAACCAUGUAUAAAAACAGAUAAUAAUUAUCAAAUUCAUCGAACCUAUUGUGGUUAUCAAUCGGAUAGUGCAAUGGAUUCCAAUGAUUUACUAAAUCAUAAUUCAAAUUUAACCUUACCAUUUCAUACAAAACAAUUAUAUAAUUCUAAUAUCAUUGGAUCAUUACCAAGAAAUUUACAUCAUUCAUAUUCUACUGUAUAUCAAUCGAAGAUGUUCAAUUUGAAUCCCAUGAAACCGUCUACUAAUCAUGAACAACAACAACAACAGCAGGGGGGAGUAGGAGGAGCAGCAGGAGAACGAAGAGAUGAAGAAGAGAAUCUAGGCAAUUAUGCACGUCGUAUGCAUGAACGAUUACAAGAAGGAAUGAGAGAAGCGCAAGAAUCAUUAUGGAUGCCUGAUUUACCAGAAUUAAAUAAGAUGAAUCGAUUAAGUAGUAGUUCAUCAAUGAAUAAUAAUGGUAAUAAUAGUUCAUCGAUUACACAGUUAUCUGAUGGAAUAACAAAUUUAAGUUCAAGUAUGGAUAGAAAAAAACGAACAAUAUUGAAAGAAAUCAAAUCAGAACAAACAACUCAAAUUAAAAAUUUCAAUAAUAAAAUAGAAAAUUCUAAUAUGGACAAUCAUUUAUCACCGUCACCAUCAUCACCACCACCGCCAUCAUCACCAUCGGCAUCAUCACCAUCGACAUCAUCACCAUCAACAUCUUUAUUCACUAACUCUAUAAGCAAUAAUAAUAAUCAUUCACCUUUAAAUUCAAGGUUAUAUUGGUGUAAUAAAUUACAUAAUAAUCAACCAAUGAUAAACAAUUACAAUUUACAAUCCAUUCAUAAUAAUGAAUAUUCUAAUAUGGAUAUAAAAAAUGGUGUAUGUUCCGAUGUGGAAGAUUUAUUAAAUCAACAUGAAAGACGAUUAAUGUCAACGUCAGGAAAUGAUAGCGAUAAGAAUGUCAAUGAAUUAAUAAAAUUCAACUCAGCUUCAGAUACAGAAGAAUUUCUUUCUAAUGACUACAGAAUUCAAGCAUCGAUAAGAGCUAUGAAUUAUGGUCACAUGGGAUGUGAUCCAAUUCAACCAUCAUCAUACAAUUGGUUACGUAAAGUUAAUAACAAUGAAACUGUUGGAGAUGGAUUGCAUAAUCGUUAUUUUAUUCCACCAAGAUUAUGUAAUCUAGAUUCUAGUAUAAAUCAGUCAGAUGGGUUUGUUUCCACAUCUGGUAUAUCACAACAACAAAGUUUACUGACAAGAGCAAGACGACGACAAAUUGACGGUAGAUCAUUAUCAUCAUCUAUCGCAAAGCAUGAUGAUGCUGAAAGAAUAUAUGGAAUAGUUCCAUUAUCACCAUCUUAUUUAUAUAAUCAAUUUAUGCCAUCUACUGGUUUAAUGAUUAAAGGAAUGAUGAGUAAUAGUAGUAGCAGUAGUACUCGAACUAAUCAAGAUAAUGAGAUACAUUUUCCAGGAACUAUAAGUGCACCACCUGGAACACCAAUUAAAUUACCAUAUGCUGCUCCAGCCAGUCUAAUUGGUACAACAUCCGGUUUUAGUUGCCCAGAAUCUGGUUCACAAAUAAUCAAUGGAUUAGGAGUGAAUGGUUCAAGGCUAUCGCUUACUUCAAAUGGAUCUUGUGUAUCUACGGUAGAGGAAAAACAAGCUGAAGAGAUACAAAAACUUAAACGUAAACUUGAACAAGCUGAGAAAAAAGUUAAUGAAUUAACAACUCAAUUGACAACUAAUGUAAGUGUAUGA